UAUAAAGUUUGUCGAUCGUUAAAACAUAUUCUUCCGAUAAGUACCACCACUUGUAAUGACAAUGAGGACGUCGCUAGCGUUCGUCGCCGUCGUGGUUAUUAUGGGUGUGUUUGCCGAGCUGACUACCGCCAUGAUCACGACAGACCCGGCAUGCCACCGCUUACGAACAAAGGUGGAUAAAGUGCGCAGGUUCUGCGUCUACCUGUGCCACAUGCCUGAAGGCGACGUGAGGAUGGGAUUGGAGGAAGAUGGCACACCUUGCAAGUCCUUGAUCCACGAAGGCGUCUGUAGGAGGGGCCGGUGUCGCAUGUCCAAACCCAGGAAGUCGUUGCCUCCCAAAGGCAACGACGACGGUGUCGCAGAGGAAAGCCCGCAGUCGACAUUGGAUUGAUACUACACGGAAGGACGCUACACAAGUGAUACUACACGAGUGUGAUGUUACACGAGACUGAUGCCACACGAGAGUGAUACUGCACAAGAGUGAUGUUACACGAGAGUGAUGCUACACGAUGGCGACAUUACACGAGAGUGAUACUAGACGGGAGUGAUAGAACACGAGAGUGAUACUGCACGAGAGUGACACUACACGAAAGUGGCUUGACUACACAAGAAUCUCGAGCCAUUUGUGGUAGACACAGUUACAGCCACCGAUGAUGCGCUACAACUUGGCGAAUUGCACUUAGCAGCUGAGGCGACAUAAUACAUUGCCAACCACCUACGUUUUUAAGGAGACUUUUACGGCAGCACUGAAAUAGAAUACAUCCGUGCUGCGAUGAGAAUCAAUAC